UUGAAAUGCACCACUUUUAAGGUGAGAACAAGAAAAGGCCGACCUGAUCCAGCUGCUGUUUCCGAGCAACGUCAACUGUGCAGUCAGGUUCUUAGCGAACAACGAACCCAGUUUUCGUUUUUUAUCGGAACCCUGAUGCCGGUUCUCACUGCUGAAAUUUCUCUUCUCGAUGAAGGCUCCCAUAUUCGACAAGUAGUCGAUAAUCUGGAUAGCACUGUUAAGCUGGUUGAUGGCCAGACGCUGGUGCAGACGAUUCUCAGCGAUUUAUCACAAGGUGCCGAUAACGCUUGGCGACAAUGUUUGACGAAUGCCGCACGUGCCUACCGUAGUGGUGAUUCGGGUGAAGAUGGUGGUCUGUCGACUCGAGCCACUACACCGGGUAGUAGCUUCAGUCAUGAUGACAACGACAUGACGCCUCAGGCUGCCAGACCGCACACGAUCUCAGGAGCGUCCAGGUACAACUCUAAUCACUGUGGAAUUACGCCGCAUACGUUCGUUCCGCCGUCAAAACCGCCGUUGCAGCGACGACCAAGCGAGAAAAGUAUUACUAAGGCCCGGUAUACGCCUCCUCCGGAAGUCCCUCCGUCGCAUCAACAGAAUGUCAAUCAUCAGCAAGGUCCACCACCGUCGUAUCGCCCUGUUGGUGGAUCUCAGUUCGACCUCAAUAUGGCACCCAGUGGAAGGGUUCAACGGCCGCAAAGUUUUACCGGCGAACUACGAACGACAUUUGCUAGCUAUAAUAUUUAUACCGGUAUUUGA